AUGGAGGGUGGGGAUGUAUUUAGAGUAAGUAGCGCGCGUAUAAGUAGCUCAAAUAUAUGGAGAAAUAGUGGUAGAGAUAUAUUUUCAAGAUCUUCAGUUGAAGAAGACGACGAAGAAGCAUUAAAAUGGGCUGCUAUAGAAAAACUACCGACAAAUUUAAGAUUAGAAAGAGGCAUUUUGACCGAAGAAACAACGGGUCAGCCAAGAGAAAUCGAUAUCAAGAAUCUUGAUUUGGUUGAAAAGAGAAACCUGCUUGAAAGACUUGUGAAAAUUGCAGAGGAAGAUAAUGAGAAAUUCUUGUUAAAACUCAAGAAUCGCAUUGACCGAGUCGGGCUUCAGCUACCAACUAUUGAGGUCCGUUUUGAGCACUUAAACGUUGAUGCCGAAGCAUAUGUUGGAGGCAGGGCACUGCCUACCAUAUUAAACUUCCUGGUUAACAUCCUAGAGGGAUCAUUGAAUUACCUGCAUCUUGUCCCUAGUAGAAAGAUACCGUUACCAGUACUUCAUGAUGUCAGCGGUAUUAUCAAGCCCGGAAGAAUGACAUUGCUAUUGGGCCCACCUAGCUCGGGAAAAACAACGCUGCUUCUGGCGUUGGCUGGAAAACUCGGGUCGGGUUUAAAAGUAUCUGGUAGAGUAACUUACAAUGGGCAUGAAAUGAAUGAAUUUGUCCCUCAAAGAUCAUCGGCUUAUAUAAGUCAAAACGAUCUUCAUAUCGGAGAAAUGACUGUCAGAGAGACGUUAGCUUUCUCAGCCAGAUGUCAAGGCGUUGGAGCAAGUUACGAAAUGUUGGCUGAAUUGUCAAGGAGAGAAAAGGAAGCAAACAUUAAGCCGGAUCCCGAUCUUGACAUCUACAUGAAGGCGGCGUCACUAGAAGGACAAGAGGCUAGUGUUGUUACCGAGUAUGUUAUCAAGAUUUUAGGUCUUGAAGUAUGUGCUGAUACUAUAGUAGGCGAUGAAAUGUUCAGAGGUAUAUCUGGAGGGCAAAAAAAGCGCGUUACAACUGGGGAAAUGAUGGUUGGACCAGCAAGAGCAUUGUUCAUGGAUGAGAUAUCAACUGGACUAGACAGUUCGACAACGUUUCAAAUAGUGAAUUCGAUUAGGCAAUCAAUCCAUAUUCUUCAGGGUACUUCAGUAAUUUCACUCCUUCAACCUGCACCGGAAACUUAUGACUUAUUUGACGACAUCAUCCUUCUCUCGGAUGGACAAGUCGUUUACCAAGGUCCCCGUGAGAACGUUCUAGAGUUCUUCGAGUACAUGGGAUUCAAAUGUCCCGAGAGAAAAGGCGUUGCAGACUUCUUACAAGAAGUGACAUCAAUGAAAGAUCAAGAGCAAUAUUGGACUAAAAGAGACCAACCUUACAGUUUUAUUACUUCAAGAGAAUUUGCAGAGGCAUUUCAGUCAUUUCAUAUAGGAAAACAACUAGGAGAUGAACUUUCUACCCCGUUUGAUCGAUCAAAAAGCCACCCACACGCGUUAACGACUAAGAAGUUUGGCGUCAGUAAAAAGGAACUAUUGAAAGCUUGCAUAUCUAGAGAGUAUUUGCUCAUGAAAAGAAACUCAUUCGUCUAUAUAUUCAAGAUGACACAACUCAUCUUCAUGGCUUCAAUAACAAUGACGUUGUUUUUAAGGACCGAAAUGCCAAAGAAAACAUUUGUCGAUGGUACAAUUUUCAUGGGCGCGCUGUUUUUCACAUUAGUCAUGAUCACAUUCAACGGAUUCUCCGAAUUAUCUUUGAGCAUUUUAAAACUUCCUGUGUUUUAUAAGCAUAGAGAUCUUUUGUUCUUUCCCGCUUGGGCUUAUUCUCUACCGACAUGGGUUCUCAAGAUCCCGGUCACAAUCGUUGAAGUUGCUACAUGGGUAAUUAUGACUUAUUAUGUCAUAGGAUUUGAUUCAGACCCUGCAAGGUUCUUCAAACAAAUGGUUUUGCUUAUAUGCAUUCACCAAAUGUCAUCCGCAUUAUUUCGUUUCAUUGGGUCAUUAGGAAGAAAUAUUAUUGUUGCUAAUACGUUUGGUUCGUUCGGAUUGCUUACUAUUUUUGUUCUUGGUGGAUUCAUCUUGGCACGAGAUGAUAUAAGGGGUUGGUGGAUAUGGUGUUAUUGGUUUUCACCAAUGAUGUAUGGACAAAAUGGUAUGGCAGUGAAUGAAUUUCUAGGAGAUAGUUGGAAUAAGGUUUUACCGAAUUCCACAGACACAAUUGGUGUUUCGGUUCUUAAAUCUCGAGGAAUAUUCCCAGAAGCGUAUUGGUAUUGGAUAGCAGUAGGCGUGUCAAUCGGUUAUAUGUUUCUUUUCAAUAUUUGCUUCACUUUGGCUCUUGAAUACCUCAACCCCUUUGGGAAUCCACAGGCGGUUCUAUCGGAAGAAAGCAUGGCUGCAAGAAAAGCUAUGAAAACCGGACACCCGAUUGAAUUAUCAGCAAGAUCAUCCUCGGAAAGGAAGAGUGAAGUACGAAUGUCGUCAAGAGUGGGCAGCAUAAACGGAUCAAAUCAGAACAAAAAACGCGGAAUGGUUUUACCAUUUGUACCGCUUUCGAUCACAUUUGAUAAUAUAAGAUAUGCGGUUGAUAUGCCACAAGAAAUGAAAGCGCAAGGUGUAGCGCAAGAUCGGUUAGAGUUAUUAAAAGGUGUUAGCGGUGCUUUUAGGCCGGGAGUUCUCACAGCUCUAAUGGGGAUUAGUGGUGCUGGUAAGACGACGUUAAUGGAUGUUUUAGCAGGAAGAAAAACAGGUGGUUACAUUGAGGGAGCAAUAACUAUUUCCGGGUACCCGAAGAAACAAGAAACGUUUGCUCGUAUAGCAGGAUACUGUGAGCAAACCGAUAUCCACUCGCCUCAUGUCACAGUCUAUGAAUCGUUGCAGUAUUCCGCAUGGCUCAGGUUACCUCCUGAAGUUGAUUCUGCAACCCGAGAGAUGUUUGUUGAGGAGGUAAUGGAGCUGGUGGAACUGGUUCCGUUAAAGGAAGCGCUCGUGGGCUUACCAGGAGUAAAUGGGCUUUCAACUGAACAACGAAAAAGGCUUACGAUAGCGGUUGAGCUCGUGGCUAACCCGUCUAUAAUAUUCAUGGAUGAGCCCACGUCGGGACUUGAUGCACGGGCUGCAGCCAUAGUCAUGAGAACGGUUAGGAACACAGUUGACACAGGAAGAACAGUCGUCUGCACCAUACAUCAGCCGAGCAUCGACAUAUUUGAUGCUUUUGAUGAGUUAUUUCUUUUGAAAAGAGGAGGUGAAGAAAUAUACGUCGGUCCGUUAGGACGUCAUUCUUCUCACUUAAUCAAGUACUUUGAGGGAAUCGACGGAGUGAGUAAAAUCAAAGACGGUUACAACCCCGCAACUUGGAUGUUAGAGGUAACUUCAACCGGUCAAGAAGCAGCUCUCGGGGUUAACUUUGCAGAAGUCUACAAAAACUCAGAAUUGUACAAGAGAAAUAAAGAACUAAUAAACGAAAGCAGUAAACCGAUACCUGGUUCUUCAGAUAUACACUUUCGGUCUCAAUAUUCACAAUCGUUUUGGACACAAUGUAUGGCGUGUUUGUGGAAACAGAAUUGGUCCUAUUGGAGAAACCCGCCAUACACUGCCGUGAGGUUCUUGUUUACAACCGUUAUCGCUUUGAUGUUUGGCACAAUCUUCUGGGACAUGGGGUCCAAAAGAGGCAAACAGCAAGAUCUUUUCAAUGCAAUGGGUUCUAUGUACGCUGCUAUACUCUUUAUCGGUGUACAAAACGCCACAUCAGUUCAACCAGUUGUUUCGAUAGAAAGAACGGUUUUCUACAGAGAAAGAGCAGCCGGAAUGUAUUCAGCUUUACCAUACGCUUUCGGACAGGUGAUGAUUGAGAUUCCAUACAUCUUUGUUCAGACUAUCGUCUACGGGAUUAUCGUAUAUGCGAUGAUUGGAUUCGAGUGGACCGCUGUCAAGUUCUGUUGGUUUCUUUUCUUUAUGUACUUCACAUUCUUGUACUUCACAUUUUACGGGAUGAUGACGGUUGCAGUAACGCCUAACCACAACUUUGCUGCUAUAAUUUCGUCUGCGUUUUACGCCAUAUGGAAUCUUUUUUCAGGGUUUAUCGUUCCACGAACGAGGAUACCGAUAUGGUGGAGAUGGUAUUAUUACAUAUGUCCGAUUGCGUGGACAUUAUACGGAUUGGUUGCUUCACAAUUCGGGGACAUAACCGACAAGCUCGAUACAGGGGAAACAGUUGCAGAGUUUGUCCACAACUUUUAUGGGUUUGAAUACGAUUUUAUAAAAUACGUAGCGGUAAUCAUUGUUGGGUUUACUGUUUUGUUUGGGUUCAUAUUCGCGUAUUCCAUCAAGGCGUUUAACUUCCAAAAACGGUAGUAAACGGAUACCAAAAGAUCUGGAAGCAAUGGGCAGUAUGUAAAUUAAGAAAUUUGUUUCGUUUGAGCGUCUUGUUAGUUAGUUUUUGUCAUUAGUUACGUUAUUAGUUGAGUUACAUGUCUUAAGUCUUAACAACUAAAGAGUUACCAGUCCUUAUAUAUAUGUAAACAAUAAAAUGUAUGAUGUAUCUAUUCAAAUUCAAAUGAAAUGAAGAAAUUUUGAGCACUAA